GCUUGUUUGGAGGAGGACGUUGAAGACAAAAUUUCAUACAGAACGGCUGGAUGAUUUUCAAAACUUUCUGGCCAUUAUAGGAUAGAAGAUUUGACUCACCGCCGAGUUAAAUCUCGGCCACGGAAAAAGAACGGCUGGAAUUAAACGAAGCCGUUCGGACUUUUGUUCACAUUUUUUUCCAUGACUUUGUGCUGGUUUGGUGCCAGUCGAGUGGCUGGUACGGCGAAUUCACUACGAUUCGAUAGACAAAUUGUCCGUGCAUCUUCUCGAUUGAGAAACAUGUCUUCAUGGUUCGUUGGUGCUAUAUUCAUCGUUAUUUUAGGCAGUUUAUCUGAAGUCGGCGCACAAGAUUUAUUUCCCCUUGCUCGAGACCCACGGUUGGAUCGCCGUGGCGAUGUGUUGGUUGACCCACGAGACUCAAUACGAUGCGGAGCUGGCUGUCUUACCUCAGGUGGAUGUAGGUGUAUAGGAGAAAAAGGCUCAAGGGGUACACCAGGUCAGAUAGGCCCUGCUGGACCCCAAGGUACUCAGGGAUUUCCUGGACCCGAGGGAUUACCUGGACCUAAAGGAUUAAAGGGCGAACAUGGACCACCCGGACCGCAUGGAGAAAAGGGAGCACGAGGCAAAAUGGGAGCUCCUGGCUUUCCAGGCAUCAAUGGCAUUCCAGGUAUUCCUGGACCAGCUGGCCCCCGUGGACUUCCUGGACUUGAUGGAUGCAAUGGAACUCAGGGUGACCCUGGAUUGCCUGGAUCUAGUGGAGUACCAGGAGAUCGUGGAAUGCCAGGAAUUCCCGGAUCUAAGGGACAGAAAGGAGAAUCAGCCACCGUGGAUGGAUUCGCUAUCAAAGGACAAAAGGGAGAGGCUGGCGCAGAUGGACUUCCUGGUUUACCAGGUGCCCGUGGACUAGAUGGACCGAUUGGACCAAAGGGAGAACCUGGAUAUGAUGGACCUCCUGGUGCCGCCGGUCUGCCUGGAAUGAAGGGUGAGAAAGGAAACAUGGGAGUUGGACGUUACGGAGCUAAGGGAGACAAAGGAUUGGUAGGGCCACCUGGACCCCAGGGGCCGACAGGAAUAGGGGAAUUUGUAAACCCUCCCGUACAGUCACAAGGACCCAAAGGAGAUAAGGGAGAGAAAGGAGAUUUGGGUAUGGUAGGUGAACCAGGACGUACAGGUAUGAAGGGGAUCCCAGGUCUGCAGGGCCAGCCCGGUCUACCAGGUUUAACUGGAGAGAAAGGAGUUCCCGGAAUAGCUGGACCUCGAGGAAAGCAAGGUUAUCAUGGAUUGCCUGGACAACCAGGACAAAAGGGUGACCGCGGCAUGGAUGGACUUCCCGGGGUGGCAGGACUACCCGGAAUGAAGGGAGACCGAGGUUUGCCAGGCGUGGAUGGACUUCGAGGUCCCAGGGGUCCCACCGGACCAUCAGGGGGUAAAGGUGGUAAUGGCUUACCUGGCCCUGCUGGUUUACCUGGAAACCGUGGACUGCCUGGUGACCCUGGACUGCCUGGUUUACCUGGACCACAGGGUCUGCGAGGUCCGCCCGGACCCGAGGGUGGACCUGGACUGCCGGGAGUGCCAGGGACCCAGGGACGAGAUGGACCUAAAGGAGAAAAGGGAGAUGACGGAGUCUCUGGACUUCCUGGUCUGGAUGGCCGGCCCGGUUUGCCAGGUCUACACGGGCCGAAGGGUGAGCCCGGAUUCCCUGGAGAGCCAGGACACGGUAUACCAGGUGUUCGGGGAGAGCCAGGCCGACCUGGACUGGACGGAAUUCCGGGAGCCAAGGGAGAGACUGGACCCAAGGGGUUGCCUGGUCCGGCUGGGGACUCGAAACAGGGCUUGCCAGGCCCGUCUGGUCCCAAGGGUGACAAGGGACAGCCCGGCUUCCCCGGUCUGUCAGGUCGUGAUGGUGAACCAGGAUUCAUGGGACUGAAAGGUGACACCGGUGGUUCGUGCAGUGCAUGUAGACCAGGUGCAAAGGGAGAGAAGGGUAACCAGGGACUGGACGGAUUACCUGGUUUAGCUGGACACCCUGGUGAACUCGGUCGCACAGGAGGCAAGGGAGAGCCUGGAGAUGAUGGUCUCCCUGGGUUACCAGGGUUACCAGGACAACGGGGAGAUGAUGGGUUGCCAGGGUUACCAGGUCUUCCGGGAGCUAAAGGAGACUCAGUCAGAGCAGAAGUUGUGUACGGACCACCAGGUGCGAAGGGACAAAUGGGAGAGGUUGGUCUACCAGGUGAGAGUGGCCGACGAGGACUAAAUGGCCCCCAGGGGCCACCCGGAGCUCCAGGUUUACCUGGAACAAAGGGAGAGAGGGGUGAGAAAGGAUUUCCUGGUUUGGAUGGCCGGCCUGGAGAACCCGGAGAGCCUGGUAUUCCAGGAGCCCGAGGAGAUCCCGGGAUUGGUAUUUCUGGUCCCCAUGGCGACCGUGGCGAAGCGGGCAUGCCUGGGUUACCCGGAAUGCCUGGCAUUAAGGGAGAUAAGGGACUUCCAGGACAGCUGCCGCCACAAUUGCUUAAAGGAUUGAAGGGUAUCAAGGGAGAACCUGGUCCCUCGGGCCGAUCAGGGGAACCUGGACUCCCCGGUUUGCCAGGUGUUAAGGGUGAACCAGGUUUCCCAGGAACCAAUGGAUUGCCAGGACUUCCAGGACUCAAGGGAGAUGGUGGUCAGGAUGGUUUGUCAGGAAUCCCUGGUCCACGGGGUCUGCCAGGACCAAGGGGUGACAAGGGAAUGGCGGGACUUCCAGGAACGAGAGGAUUCGAUGGAAUGAAGGGCGAGAGUGGUUUACCUGGACUGCCAGGCUUGCCAGGUCCGAAGGGUACACCUGGAAUUCCUGGCCAAGCUAUUGAAGGACGGAAGGGAGAACCCGGAUUGCCUGGUCUGCCGGGAGAACGAGGACAUCCAGGUCUGCCUGGACCAGAAGGACCAUCUGGUUUGCCUGGACUGCCAGGAAUUAAAGGAGAAUCUGGGAAUCCCGGACGGCCUGGACUUGAGGGAUUACCGGGACCCAAGGGAGAUCCGGGUCCCCUUGGAAACCCUGGUGUAAAUGGUGAACCUGGCCAACCAGGACUCCCUGGAAUACCAGGAGAGCCUGGAAAUAAGGGUGACUCUGGACUUCCUGGACUUCCAGGUUUAUCAGGACCAAAAGGUGACCCUGGCCAGUCUGGGUUGCCUGGCAACAGUGGUCUUCCUGGACUUGAUGGACUCCCUGGACAACCAGGAUCACCUGGUCAAGAUGGCUUACCAGGAUUACCAGGUGAGAAGGGUGCUAUGGGAGUUAGUGGAUUCCCAGGAGAGAUGGGUCGAGAUGGAUUACCAGGAGCCCAGGGUCCGGAAGGCCCCAAGGGAGAUGCUGGUUUACCAGGAGUACCGGGAGACCCUGGACGAAUUGGCGAACGAGGUCCCACUGGCCCCAGUGGUCUGCCUGGAUUGCCCGGAUUAAAGGGAGAACCAGGGGAAGCUGCUCUGCCAGGUUUGAAGGGAGAAUCCGGCGAACCGGGCCUGCCUGGUCUGCCUGGAGACCGCGGAACUCCAGGACUGCCUGGUUUGCCUGGACUGAAGGGCGAAACUGGCUUCCCAGGAAUUGGUAACCCAGGCCCCCAGGGGCAGCCUGGACCCUCAGGACGUGAUGGAGAACCCGGGCGGCCGGGUCUACCCGGUCCCAAGGGUAAUGAUGGCCCUGUGGGAUUCCCCGGACUUAAAGGAGACAAGGGUGAAGGUGGACUUCCAGGUCAGGCUGGUUUACCGGGUCGAGAUGGACUACCAGGCAUGAAAGGAGCCCCAGGCUUGCCCGGUUUACCAGGGGAGUUUGGAGCCAAGGGAAACUCUGGUCUGCCUGGUCUGCAAGGACCCCCAGGACUGAAGGGUGACCGUGGUAACGAAGGAAGGCCCGGACUUCCUGGUCUGCCAGGACCUAAAGGAGACCCAGGACGCAAUGGACACGAUGGGGAGCCAGGUGUGCCUGGAUUGAAGGGUCAGCCAGGUGAUAAUGGUUUACCAGGACUUAAUGGACUGCCAGGUGACAAGGGUAAUGCUGGACAGCCUGGCCUUCCUGGACUCUCAGGUGAGCCAGGUGAGCCUGGAUUACCUGGACUCGAUGGAUUACCUGGAAUAAUGGGAUCUAAAGGAGAUAGAGGUCUACCUGGUCCUGAGGGUCUCCCAGGUUUACCUGGUCGAUCCACCGCUGGUCUGAAAGGAGAGCCAGGACGAGUUGGUCCCCGUGGUAAUGACGGGCUGCCAGGCAUGAAAGGAAGUCCAGGUCUGCCUGGUCUUGAUGGUCUACCUGGAGAGAAGGGAGAUGCAGGACUCCCAGGUGAAGGAGUCCGCGGUGAAAAGGGAAAUGCAGGGUUACCAGGACGACCAGGUCAGGAUGGGCCACCAGGAUUUAAUGGUAAGGAUGGUUUGCCAGGAUUACCAGGAAUGAAGGGCGACAAAGGUGAUCGGGGUUACCCUGGAGAGGGUGGACGGCCGGGCUUGCCGGGACUGCAAGGACCAAAGGGAAAUGCUGGGUUGCCAGGACAACUGGGCUUGAAGGGAUCAAAGGGAGAUUCUGGACUCCCCGGACUUCCAGGCUUGCAAGGACCGAAGGGUGAUCCCGGACUGGAUGGACUGCCAGGUCUCAAAGGAAGUCCAGGUCGUACUGGCCAGCCAGGUUACAAGGGAGACCAGGGCCCUCCAGGGGUGAUUCACAUCGAAGACCUUCCAAUGGGACCCAAGGGACAGAAGGGAGAGCCAGGGCUGUCAGGGAUUCCCGGAGUACAAGGGCUCCCGGGAGAGCCAGGUCGGCCAGGAAUUGAUGGACUGCCCGGACGUCGUGGAGACGAUGGACUGCCUGGAUUCAAGGGAGAUCCUGGACAACCUGGACUUCCCGGACUCGACGGACUCCCUGGAACAGAUGGAACUCCAGGUCAGUCUGGUGCUAUUGGUAUCAAGGGAGAGCGAGGUCCCGCUGGGUCCGUGCCCCCGACCGGCUACCUGCUCGUACGACACAGCCAGUCUGUAGACAUUCCAAGAUGCCCCCGCGGCCAGACGCAGAUGUGGGAGGGAUACUCUCUGCUGUACAUCGAGGGCAACGAGAAGUCGCAUCAUCAAGAUUUGGGCUGGGCAGGAUCGUGCAUGCAGAGAUUCAGCACAAUGCCGUUCCUCUUCUGCAACAUGGACAACGUGUGUAACUACGCCAGCCGUAACGACCGCUCCUAUUGGCUGUCCACCAACGCUGCCAUUCCAAUGAUGCCAGUGCAGGAGCAGGAGAUCGUUCCCUUCAUCAGCCGCUGCGUGGUCUGCGACUCCCCCAGCAACGUCAUCGCCAUCCACAGUCAGACGCUGCAAAUACCAGACUGCCCAUCGGGAUGGAAUGGACUCUGGAUUGGUUACAGUUUCGCCAUGCACACAGCAGCAGGACCAGGUGGAGGUGGCCAGUCACUAUCAAGCCCUGGCAGCUGUCUUGAAGAUUUCCGCGCCACGCCGUUUAUCGAAUGUAAUGGGGCGCGCGGAACCUGUCAUUACUUCGCAAAUAAAUACAGCUUCUGGCUCACAACUAUAGAUUCGCACUCUCAGUUCGUAGCACCCCAACCCCAAACUCUUAAGGCUGGCAAUCUCCGGACGAGAGUCAGUCGCUGUCAAGUAUGUAUGAAAAUGGUCUCCUAGGUUACCGCAGUGUGAGAGUAGUGUUACGUGAUAGACGGUGUUGUACUGCUGCUGCUGCUGUUGCUACAUCAUCGGCUGCAGCAGUGACGACGCUGUUUUUUUUGUAUAGAUAAGGCAUACGUGAUGUUAUGUAUUAACUAUGCAAGUGCAUUUUGAUGUUUAUAAUUGUAUCGACUGCCGACAAGGAACAGAGGUGCCUUAAGUUAAACGUAAAAAAUGGUGCUAAGUCACACAGGUUUUGUUUGUGCCUGACGACCGAUAUCGCUCAAUGCUCUCGUAAACCUUGUCAUCAUGGACAACGUUUGUGCUGUGUGUGUAUUGUUCUCUCCACACGUUGAAGGCUUUGCUGAAAUAUCUUUGCUGGUUGCUGAAUCAGAUAUUAGAUUUUUGGGGUUUUUCACAUGCUAAUACCUCCAGUUAGAGAUAUUUCACAACACUUUAGUACCAGAGUGUUGUUGACAUAAACAAAUUAACUGUUGAAUAAUAUAAUUUAUUAUGAAGUAUUCAUGGAGUAAACCUUAACUUUUAUAUUUUUUUUUUUGUUUCACAGUAAUUAAGUGAACUGAUUUGUCACUUUUAAAGACAGAAAAUUAUGCAUUUUCAAAAUAAAAAGUUUCAAAACAGUUUUUUUUUUUUUAAAGAUUACUAGUAAUAGCCCUAAGAUCUGGUUAUUUUUAUAAUAAUAAUAAUAAUAAUAAUGAAAUAUGCAAAAAUAUGCAAAAAGUUAGAACUUACCUGCAUUUAGCAUAUGUUAAUAAAAUCUGCUUUGUACAGACCUAAAACAGUUAUAUAGAAAUAUAUAAAUAAUAAAAAUAUGGCAAUAUCCUAAUAUGUCACUUUGUUUUAUUUAUAAUAAUAAUAUGCUAAAAUAUUACAAAUAUGCAAUAUAUUGGUAGUAAAAUAGGCCAUGAUAAUAAUAACUAGCAAUUAAUAAUAAUAAAAAUAAUAAGUAGUAAUUAAGAACAAAAGCAACAACAACAACAACGAUAAGUAUGUCACAUGCUGUGAAAUGUGGAGAGAAGGUAAUACACAAAACAGUUUGCCCAAAGUUCUGUGAUUUUUUUCACAUUCACUGCCAUCUACAAUGUAAUUAACAUCAGUAGACAUUUUAUAUAACUGCGUGUUUUUGUUGGAGACAUAGUAGCGGCUCUUGUUACGGUGUAGCUUUCACUAAACUCUUUCUUGUUACCAAGGCGACCACAUAGAGGAUCACAGCUAUUCAGAAAUUUCAGAUUUUUAUUUUAUUUUUAUUUUAAUUUUUUUUAAUUAAACUUGUUUACAAAUAGUCCAUUCAUUGUUAAAUAAAUUGAUCCAAAAUAAAACAUUUUUGUAUUAAAGCUGGAAGUCAUUGUCCUCAAAAUGAUAAAACUUGAAAUUUGUUUAAUUCUCUAACUGAAUCCUAAAAUAUUCUGAAAUAAAAAAUGGCUGUGUUCUGUUUUCAAAUCGCUUUGCGAUAUGGAAAGGUUUGUGAUGGCUAAUUCAUUUUGCAUUGGCCUCAUUUGUAUUGAUUAAUUAAUUAAUUAAUUGAGGUGUUUAAAGCUAUUCAACUUAUUAAUCACCAUAAUGACAGAGUCGAUUAGUUAUUGUUGACUCUGUUUCAAGUGUCGACAAACUAACUUUAAGCUUUGUCAAUGGAGAUUUUUGACUGGAGGCUUUAAAGGUAAAAAAAUUGGGAUUUUUGUUUGUUCUCUGUAAACUAGUUUGUAUAAUUACUGUAUGUAGCUUUUUUUUGCAAUAUUUUAAACGAAAUUAGCAAUGUGAAAUCCAUUUUAAUCUCUAUGUCGUUGUCAUUGUAUUGCAUGUGAUAGGAACUCAAGUCUAUGACAAUUAGCCUACAUGUAGAUAUGCGGUAUGUAGUAGUUCGUUUUCUGAAAAAGUCAUAAUUUUAUUAUACCCAAUACUCGUGUACAUAAUUUUAUAAUUUUGCUUACAAAACAUUUUUAUAUAGGCUUGUCACAAUUAUUAUAGUUUUAUGAUUGUGCCGACAAGACAUUUUUAUGUAGGUUUUGACCUUUUUUUUAUUAGAAAAAAUGUGCAAUUUAUAACAGUUUUUUUCUAGUCAAAGUUUUCACUUGUGCCAAAGUUUGUAUCAUAAUGUGUGGAAUUGAUUUUUUUUGUUAAAUUGUAAGUCAAAAUGUCCAUAGAAAAAUUACGAUUUUUUUUCUAUUACAAUUUAGAUUUAUAUAUGUUGAAAUUUUUGUACUUUUGUAAGAUAUCAUUUUGAUGGAUAUGUAAACGUGUAUAUUUGGUUUGCUCUGAGGGCUUGGAAGUGUAUAACAAUUCUGUCAUUAUAUCUAUAUAGCAUUCUUCUGUAGUGUUUGCUCAUUAUGUAUCCAACCUUACAAAUAUUUCCAAAUUAGUUGCUCAACAUCUAUUUGAGGUCACUUAAAUAGAAUUCUGGGAUCAAUUUCACAAAACAUAAAACUAGUUUUGCACAUAAAUGUAAAACUAUCAUUAAAACUACAAUUGAUAUAUAUAACUGAUAUAUUUUUAAGAAUACACAUUUAAUUUUCUUCCGUAAUGGUGCAGUUUACUGCAUGAAAUAGAUGCCAACCACAUGCAAUUAAGGUAUGACCAGUUUAACAGCUAGACCAGUUUAACAGCUAGACCAGUUUAACAGUUAGACCAGUUUAACAGCUAAUCACAGCUGUAAACUUACGAUGUUUUGUGAAAUUGACUCCUGUUUUGUAAUUUGAAGAUAUAUUAUUAUACUAUUUAUAAUGAAACGGUAGCCAAUGUAUUCUUAUAUUUAUUACAUGAAAUACAUGUAACAAAAAUCCUUGUCCUGUCAGUUGUAAUACUGUCCUAAAGUAGCAAUAUUACGGUAGUUAAAAUUUAUUUAUUUUCGCCUAUUGGAUAGUAAAAUAAUUUAUUUUUAACUGCUACUUGAAAAAAAAAAAUGAAAUGUAGUACAGGUAUAUUUUGGCAACUUGUGAGCAUUGAUUAAUCAAUUUCAGAUUAAUAUUUAUCAGUUUAGAAGUUUAUUAAAAUAUACUUUCAAGUCCUCAAAGCCUCCAGUAUUAUACAAGACACCAGGGUGGGGAAUUAUCAAACAAUUAUGUAAACUGAAACUGUAAUUAUCAAGUGCCAGUUUUAACUGAUGAUGGUCCUAUGACAAACAGAACAGAACAAAAAUCUUUGGCAGGGAAAAAUGACAUUUUACUGAAUAAAGUCAAUGUGAUCUA